CUAUCACUGAUUUCAUAUUUUUGUAUCAGAAAAAGAGUCAGACUCGUGUCUAGUGCUGAUUUUACCCAUUUUCUCAGUGAAAGACCAAUUGAUUUCCCACAAAAAUGAACAGAGAACUUCAGGCCAAUCUCUCCAACAUUUUGGGAUUGGAAAUCCCUGAAGAAAUGAUCCAGCAUAUCCUGUCUCUGAGAUCUCCUAAUGAAGUGGAUGAGUACUUCAGUACCCUCCUGGAUUAUUCCUGCGAGGAUCACGUGAGAUUCGUUAGUAAUUUCAAAGAGCAGAGGUAUAAGGAGAAAUCGAGGGAUUCGAAGAAAAAGGGAGCUAUUGCUAAGACUCCUGCUCCUCCAGGUCCUGCAGAUAAUUCCAGGAAGGACAGUGGGAAGGCAGAAGGUGAGAAAUCGAAGAAGAAGAAUAAAUUCACUAAUUUAUACAGUGCCGGAGGGAAGGUCAGUGAGAUUAUGCUGAAAGGGAGGCAUUUGUGCAAUUGCCAAGCAUCGAAGCACAAACUAGUGAACAAUUGCUUGAACUGUGGAAGAAUUGUCUGUGAGCAGGAAGGUCCUGGACCUUGUCUCUUCUGUGGGACUUCAGUUAAGCGAACUGAAGACACAGAAUACGGAAAUGAGAAGCCAGAGCCGAGUACCAAGGGAAAUGGAACCAAACCGAAAGUAACUAAAGACAAGGAAGAUGCAAUAGCUCAGAGGAAUCGGCUCCUUGGCUAUGACAGGCAGAGUGAGAAGAGGACAACGGUUAUUGAUGAUGAAGCUGACUAUUUCAAGGCAAAUUCCGUGUGGUUGAGUGAUCAGGAGAGGGAGAAGAUGCAGAAACUCGAGGAGGAAUUGAGAGAUCGGAAGCAUGCAAAUCGCCUUCGUCACAAAUACAAAUUCGACUUUUCUGGCCGACAAAUUCUCGAUGAUGAGGACAUCCUUGACUAUGAUGCCUACGAAAAUAUCCAGAACAUUCCUCAGUCGCAUUCCCAAGGAAAGGCCCUCAAGGAAAUCGAUAUGAAUCAAUUGAAAUUCGAUGAAUCCUUCCCCGAAGUCAAUCCCAACGACUCAAAGCACACAAAAUUCACCACCAGCAAAAUUCAGGAUAAAAUGCUCAUUGAGCUAUCCGAUCAAGGAUGUUGCCUUUCAAUGCAUCAACCCUGGGCAUCUCUCCUUGUGCUCGGCAUAAAGAAGCACGAAGGAAGAUCCUGGUACACUUCACAUCGCGGACGCCUCUGGAUUGCAUCAACAGCCAAGCCUGCCAAUCCAGAAGAAGUCAAACAAAUUGAGGACUUCUACAGACGCUUCUAUGGCAACGAUAACCUCAAAUUCCCAACGCAGUACCCCUCCGGAAGCCUCCUGGGACAUGUUACUGUUGAAAAUUGCAUCUCGCAGGAGGAUUACUCACUUGAAUAUCCUGCAGGAGAGUCCGAGAGCCCUUUUGUCUUCAUCUGCACCAAUCCAGUUCAAUUGCCCGUGUUUUUCCCUAUAAGUGGAAAACACAAAAUUUAUAAACUCGAUAGCAAUGUUCAUGUGGCAGCUGUGAAGUCUCUCCAAAAAAACGGAAUGCUGUAAAAACUUCAUUUGUGAAUAAAUUUUUGUAAUUAUGUAAUUUAUUACUGAUGAAUUUUUAUAUGAAAUAAAAUGAAUUUAUAGAAAUAUUGAUUUAAA